AUGUCCCUGUUUGGAAGAAUUGUACUAAAGCUAAGCAUAGGAAAUCGUGAAUUCUUCCAAAGUUUUUGGAUAGCGGACAUGAACGAAGAAUGCAUUUUGGGAUGUGACUUCCUGGAGCAACACGGGUGUUGCUUGGAUAUGACGAAUAAAUGCAUGAUUGAAGACAUGCGAGUACCCUUAUUGGACCGUUUGAACGAUGAUGGUGGUUAUGGUUUUCCGUGCUAUCGAGUAGUCGCGAUGCAGGAUAAGUGUAGAGCCUCAUACUGAGACCAUCGUUCCAGCCAAGAUUAUGAAUUACAACGGAAAGUCAGAGUUUGGUAUUAUUGGAGCUAUGCCUGGAAAGGCAACACCUGAGCUGUUAGUCGGAAAGGUUUUAACUAAUUUGUCAGAUGCAGUAGUGCCAGUUAAAGCUGGGUCAGAGUUAGCUAAGUGUGAAUUAACUGGUUGCCCGUAUUUCUGACGAAAGUUGCAUGGAAAGCAAUGAUAGAAUGAAGAAUGUUCCAGCGAAAGAUCGAAAACUUCCAUCGAUCUUAUUUAGACAGUUUAUAUGAGAACAGUAUAAAGGACUUGACAUCAUUAGAUGAGAAAACUAAAGUGUAUAACCUUCUUUGCGAGAACACAGACAUAUUCUCCCAAGGACCUAAUGACCUCGGAAGAACUAAACUUGUGAAACAUAAGAUAAACACUGGAAAUGCAAGACCUAUCAAGCAACCGCCACGUCGACUUCCCUAUUCUAAGAGAACUGCGGCGAGUCAAGCUAUAACAGACAUGGAAAACUAA